UCGAACUUUGAAAGUGAAAGCGGAAGGUAAAAGCGAACUCACCUACUGCUCUAUAUCAGACCAUGGCCCGCAAUGAAGAAAAAGCACAGUCGAUGCUAUACCGGUUCCGAGAAGCUCAAGCAGCUGAGCUUGGCCUUGGGACGCGCGCAGAUCGUCGUCCAAAAAUGGCGAGCGCCUGCAAAAGUCUUAGGGAGUGCGAGCGGUGGAGAGGUGAAAUUCUGAGGGAACUAAGCCGGAAAGUGUCUAAGAUUCAGGACGCUGGUUUGACCGACUAUGAAGUUCGAGAUGUAAACGACGAAAUAAAUAAAUUAAUGCGGGAGAAGCGACAUUGGGAGAACCAGAUCAUUGCGCUGGGAGGUGCCAACUAUCGUCGGAAUGUGGCCAUGCUGGAUGAUGAUGGGAAGGAAGUACCUGGGACAAAAGGAUACAAGUACUUUGGCCGCGCUAAAGAUCUCCCAGGCGUGCGCGAGCUCUUUCAGAGCAAAAAGCAAGAGCAAGAGGAGGAAAACCAAGCGCUUUCAUUCUAUUCCAAGUUUAUGAAUCAAGGUCCCGCGUACUUUGGUGACCUGGACGAAGCAAAUGGAAAAUUGUUGGAGCAUGAGCGUGAAGCAGAGGAAAAGGAAUGGACAGACGAAUAUACGAACGUCCGCGAGAUCCUUGACCUCCCUAUUGACGACCCAAUACCUGACAUACCUCGUGGAUCGGGGAAAGAUGUCGAGAUGGACGCGGCGGAUUCUGUCGCCCCUUCAUCUGGAGGCGCAGACUCAAUGCGCGCGCACGCGAACGCAGCCGCUGCUUACGUGGGCUUUUUAUCACCAGAAGACCUGAUGUCUCCGAGACUUCCUACUAGGGAGGAAAUGGAGGGCGUGUUAUUAGCCCUCAGGAAACAAGCCCUGGUGGAGGAAUAUUUUGGCGAGUAGUUGUUGGUAUGCCUACUGAUUUACGCUGCUCCAUCAAGCUUCGACAUUAGAGUCUUCAUCUUCACCUCAACUACCUGAGCCAGGGGAAAUUGACGCAGUCUUGAUGCGCCUGAGCUAUCGGAAUUGAUGUCUCAAAGCUCGCGAAACAUAUGGUGCUGGUAUUGAUGGACACGACGAGUAGGUGCUCGACGCACAGAUUAUCCAGAAAUCGAAUACAUGUAUGAUAUUGUUGCCGUAGGCCAUGCAUAGUAGUUCAACACAGUAGAAUUGCAGCAAAAUGAAUCUGCGU